AUGGAGCUCGCGUACGUUCACUCCAUCGCGUACGUCGUCUACGACGGUUUCGUGAGCAAGGUGCUCAUGACCGAGCUCACCGGCUUGGACAGCGCCGAAUUGGAGAGGUGGAAGGAGGUGUGGGAGGAGGUGAAGAUCUUGCCGACAGGGAUGUGGACGGCGAUGUGGGCCCGGGACCGCUGCGGCAGCGGCGAAGAAGGAGGAGACAAGGAGAAGACGGAUUUGGCGGCAUGGGCGUUAGCAGCAUCCGCAUGCGCUGUGUGGUGCUUCGUCGAGAACGGCGAUGCCCAGCUGACGGAUGCUGUAGAAGAAGGGAAGUCGGCAGCGAUCAUCGGCGGAGCGAGCCAGGCGACCGCCGAUGUAUUCGGAAAAUUCAUGGAGGCGGUGCUGAACGCCGAGAUGAACAGGAACCGCCCCCUCGGAGAGGUUGUUUACAACGUCGUGCCAGCACUCCAGAGGACUGCCCUUGAUAGGGUCUAUCUGGGGGGGAAUGCUGGAGUAGAUGCCGACGUUAUCGCUAGAGCGAUGAUUGAGACGAUGGCGUUUUGGGGAAUGUGCCCUGUCGCCGGGCCGAAACUCAGAGCGAGGGACAUCGCGGUGCCAAUUGACGCGCAGAUGAAGGCCGAUCUUGACAACAGGGGGAGGAAGGGUCUGAGGGGCAAGAAGGGGACAAAGGCCAAGGGCGGCACGGGGAAGAAGGGCAAGAAGGCGAAGAAGGACAGCACGACGGCCUAG